AUGAGACAUGGCACAUUCUGCUUCAAGACGAAAGUUGCCUUUGAUUUCAUUUAAAAGACUGAUCAAUCACCAACUGCCCCAUGCAAUGAUGUCCUGUUUCUGAUUGAGGCCGCUUCCUGUAGGAGAGAGACACAAUGGACAGCUUCUCUUUUGACGUGGAGAAUUCUAGUACAUCUUUUUAUCUUUUUGCCACGCUCUUCCAGAUAUUCUUAAUGUGUUCAUCUGUGUGGAACUUCUUCCCUUUAUUAUAGGCAAAAAAAAUUGAGAUGAUCUGGUGCUGGCUCUUAGCAUGGUAGAUUAAACUACUUUUGUCUCUUCUAUCACCUGGAAGGGAUCUUUAGAUUUUGAUAGCUUGCUGAAUUGAGCAUGUAAUUGCUGGUUAGAUUGAAAGAAUGUCAGUUUAUGGCCGUGAAAUUGAACGGGAAUACUCCGUCCAGAGUCUCGAGAGUAGAGGAGGUUCCGAGUUGGGAAGUCGAUAUGCAGUUGAGGCAGGAUUCUACAUGACAUCUUUUGCUGCAACAAUCUUCAUUGGUGGUCUUGUAACUGUUGGGAUUUUGUUGGUAACCUUGCUGAUUGCAUUAACAGUGAUGUUGCAAUCCUGUCAAACUAGCAGGGCUGGAAUAGUUGAAAUUGCUAAAUCAAGUGAUGAUUACAGUUACUGCAAAAUUUAUGCUCUACAUGCAGAGCUUAACAGCUUGGAAGUGGAAGGAGAUUACUUCCCUUCAGUUUGCAGGGGUCUUGCUAUUCGAUAUCUCAAAGAAGGACAAUAUGCUAGAGAUCUAAAUUUCACAAUGUGGAUGGUUGAAAGUUAUUUCAGUACUCUUUCGCCAUCAGACGAUGGUUUAGAUUUAGUUAUGAUAGACAUAGAUGACAUCUUUGCUUCAAGUCCUCGAUGCACCAAGCUGUUGAUGGAUAGAAUCGAUCGAUGUGGUAGUGUUGAUGGUAUUGAAGAGGCCAAUCAUCUUAAGCAAACCCUUACUCUGAAAUUAUUCUUGUCACUUCAAGCUAGCGGAUGGCCUGUGAUUCUGAUAUCCAGAAAACCUGAGGGACAACGUAAUGCCACCACAGAGCUCCUCAUUUCUGCAGGAUACAGUGGUUGGUCUUCAUUGAUUAUGAGGUUGGACGAUGAAAUGCAAAUGGAUAGCCACGAAUACUUAUCUAGACGAAGGGCAAUACUGCAAAAAGAUGGCUUCCGCAUAACUGGUUUGAUUAGCAGCCAGAUGGAUGCUUUAAUGGGUCAAACUCUAGUACAGCGUGUUUUCAAGCUUCCAAAUCCUCUAUAUUAUGACUUUCAGGAUCUCACUGAAAGAAAGAAAAUAGCAUAAUAGAUGAUGUUCAAACGUGGCUUUCCCUUCCAAUAUCAUUUCUUCUGUGUAUCGAUUAUUCAUUAUCCGCAGAUCUUCCAUUGUAGUUUGUGAACUUUGCUCUGUCAUCAUUAUAUUUUGAAUUCCCUAAGAAUUCAAUUGUAUAUAUGCUAAUAUGAAGUUUCUUUCAGGAGA